AUGGACACUCAUGAUCAGCCUACACCAGAAAAUCCAGGGAAGGAGACUUCAGAUGAACAAGCUGCUGCUGAUGGUGCAAGUCCAGUUAGGUCUUAUGACUGCACCUUUUGCAAGAGAGGCUUCUCUAACGCCCAAGCACUCGGCGGCCACAUGAAUAUUCACCGAAAAGACAAAGCUAAGAUCAAGCAAACUUCCCCCUCAAACAAUCAAUUGGACAUCUCCAAGAUUAACCGACCUUCUUAUAAUUUUACACAGCCACCACCAUCAAAGGAAGCUAUGGUUCCUACUCAAGAGAGAAGUAAUUCGAAACGAUCUUGGAUUCUUGGUGAAGAAAAUGAUGCCACGUCUAACACUGACAAAAACCAUCUUAGAGAAAUUCGACAACUACCUUUGUUUGCUGAAAGGCCGCUGAGUAGCAGCCAAGCUCACGAAAACACUGAAAUUGUUUUGCCAUCAUCGAGCUCAUCGGAUUCGGAGUUGGACCUUGAACUCAGACUGGGACAUGAGCCUCAGGACUCCGCAUCAGCAACAGCUACCAAAAAGUUCUUCUGA